CUCAAACGCCAACAAGGAACAAGAAACUUUAGAGGUUAGGCUUGUAAAGAUACUCGAGCUUCGGAAAAGUAAUUAGAUAUUCGCGGUUUUCACUUUUCAUCGUUAAAUUUCCAUUUAAUUCAUCAUUUGAAAAACAGUUUCCUGUUAUUGUAUUUCACCGAAAAUACUGAAUAAUUAUCAGUGCCUUUCCAAGGGACUGUCAGACGCGCUUACGGCAUGAAGUACCUUCACCGUUUCUUUCAUUAAACAGACGCCUGAAAGUCUAUAAUCACAAAUUACUGAGAAUUUCUUUUGCUUAUUUUGCCUAUCAGAAAUCGUGUAAUCCUGCUAAGAAAUCUUCCUACUUUACUUAAAAUGGCUUUACCAGCAUUUCGCAGAUCAUUGCUUCAUUUGACCAGUUCAGUUCUUCAGACGCAGUACCGAACUUCCUACUAUAUUCUCUUACCAGAACUUGGUCAAAAAGAUACUGAAAAGUUGCAGUACUCAGUGAAUGAUUCAUUACCUGAUUUUCGCAACCUUUCACUCGAAUCAUGUGCAAGUAUAGUCGAAAAUUCUUGCAUCGAUUACAGUGUGGGUGUCAGAAAUCUGCAUGGCAGUAUUAAAGAUAAAGAAAUAAAAGAUGUGUUCAAGGAAGUUUUUGACACAAUGGAAAAACUAAACAUUUCUCUAGAAUCUAUGUGGGGUGUGAUAAAAGUCUUGUUCCUUGUCGAUCAGAAUAUCAUAGGUCCUGAGUUAUUUACAUCAAUCACCAAGAGAGUUGAAGAAUGCAGGCGAAAUAAAUUUGACAUUCCAGAGAUUUACAAUGCUUGCAAGGCGUGUGAUGUGUCUAUGCUUUCUGAAGAGCAAGCAAGAGUAGUACGUAAAUUUCUAUCUGAAGGUAAAAUGUCAGGAGUUGAGCUACGUUUGAAGAACAGUCCAGACUUGAUGAAUUUCAAUCUUCAAGAUUCCAUAUUAUACAAAGAACGAAGACUUUUCACUGCUCGAUUGGAGUCUGCAAGAGGUAUAUUCCAGCAUACAUGCACAAAUCGUCACAGCAUUUCAGAGUUUCCCAAGGAGGUUUUAGAGACGAUGGUUGAAAAAAGUGGAAACGUCGAAGAAGGUCCUUGGUUAGUUACUUUAAGUCCUAUUUUACGAAGAUAUUUCCUGGAAUACUGUUCAGAUCGUGAUAUACGAUGGAAUUUCUACCAAGCUGAAGAGAGAGCUGGGUCUACGUGGGAAGAGGACGUCACCCUCAGGAACAGUCAAAGUGCUGAGGAAAUCCGCAAAGCCAGGCGCAUCAAGGCUAAAAUUUUAGGAUACCCAUCUUAUUUCCAUCAAAUGCUUGACACCAAAAUCGCUGGAAGCUUAGAGAAUGUAGAGGAUACACUUGCAUAUCUGUUAGAUAAAGCGCGGUCUCAACAAGAUACGGAAAUCGAUGAUCUUCAAUCAUUUAUAAAUGCCAGCGGUGAAACACACCCAAUCCAACUAUUUGAUCUGCCCUACUGGGCUAGGAUACACAAGAAAGCUGUUUUAAAUUUUGAUGACUAUGAUCAAAGGGUAUUCUUUCCUUUGCCGACUGUUUUCCAAGGACUACUAGACCUAUGUAGCAAAUUGUUCCACAUAUCGUUUAAGGAAGUGAAAGAUGGGAUCAGUACAUGGCAUCCCGAUGUCAAAUUUUACCAUGUCUACCGCAAUGAAGAAACUAAGCCGUGUGGAGCAUUUUACACGGAUCUAGUCAGAAGGGAUGGAAAAUACUUCUUAGGUUCCGAUUAUGGUUGGACCGUAGGGAUCCGGGAACAUUCACUUGUCCCAAAGAAAACUUUACCCAUCUCAGCCUUAGUGUUCAAUUUUACUCCUGGAGAAGGAAAGGACCCACCUUUAUUGCCUUUCUCAGCUGUACAGCAACUUUUUGCAAAGUUUGGCCAUGUUCUACAAAAUGCACUUUGUGAGGCAGCUUAUUCAGAUGUGUCAGGGCUGUCAUACGUCGAGUUUGAAGCUGUCGAAGCUGUUCCACAUUUCUUAGCUAAUUGGUUGUAUGAUGAUGCAGUAUUCGCAAGUAUCAAUGGUCAUUAUAAAACUGGCGAGAAGUUAAAUUUACCGCUCAAAUCCAUCCAGCAGCAUUUGAGUGGUUUCAAAUUAUGCCACGAGUUGUUCAAAUCACAUUUAGACCUUAGAAUGCAUGCAACGGAUGUAUUUUGGAAAGACAUUGUUAAUGAAAUAUGGCCGCAGCAUUAUACUUUUCCACGCUCCAAAUGGAAUAGCCUGCCGUGUCAAUUCUCUGAAGUUUUUAGCGAUGGCUGGGCUGCGGCUUACUACAGUCGAAUCUGGUCGCAAAUGAUAGCUGCAGACAUGACCAGCGCGUUCCAUGAAGAAAAUCAGGAUUCUGAAUCUGUAGGUUUAAGAUUUAGAGACACAUUUUUAACAUUUGGUGGAAGCUGUCAUGCAAGUGAAGUAUUUAGGAGGUUUAGAGGUAGAGAUCCUAGUCCCACAGCAUUACUGAAACAGUUAGGUUUAAUAGUUGGUUAAAUUUUUGGCAAUUUUCUCACCGUGAUUGUGCAAAAUAUCAUGUAUUUAUGUCCCGAUAAAGUUGUAAUUAAUUGUAAAUAUUUUGUCAAUAAAUUUGUUACAAAAAUCA